AUGUCCAAGUCCCGCUCCUCCAGGACAGGUCUGCAGUUCAUUGUAGGUCGUACUCACCCUCUGCCGAGGAAUGUCAACUAUGCUGAAUAUGCGGUGCUGGAGUACCUGGACGCUGAGGUGCUGGAGUUGGCUGGCAACGCUGCCUGUGACAAUGAGAAAACCGGAAUCAUCCCUCGUAACCUUCAACUUACCAUCCGCAAUGACGAAGAGUUGAAGAGGUGUCACUAUCACUCAGAGUCGUGUGCUGCCGUACAUCCGGGCUGUGCUCCUGCCGGAGAAGUCGCAGAAAGUCACCUGCAAGAAUACUGUCACUGCUGCACCCCUAAUAAGCUACCACACCGCUGUAUAUAUCAGUAUAUUUUAAAAAUGUGUUGUCUCUAA